AUGGUCAGCUGGCAGCGCAAAUUUUUGCUCAUUUUCCUCGUUGCCUCAGUGUUGGCCGAAGAGCCAAAAGUUGAGGAAAAAUCCAGUCCAGAGGUGUGUUUCAUAUGUUUUUUGUGACAACACAAAACAAAAAAAAACAAACAAUAUGAUGUUGAAAAAAAAAAAACAAAUAUGUCAUAGGAUUCCAAACAUCACUGUUCCUGAUGAAAAUCUGUAAUUUAAAAAUCGAGGUGCUCAUUUUUUUCUCAUUGGCUACUCAAAAAAUCGUGUAAGACAUAGCUUUUCUUCAAAACGUUCGUGUUUUUCCGCUCAUUUUCCUUGAGCAAACAAAAAUCAACCACAUUACGAAAUGAGCAUCUUGGAGAGGGAAAAUAUAAUUAUGAGAAUGAGAAAUUUGAAAAUUUUCAGAAGAAAAAAGAAGAAGUUGAAGUUGAUCCGGCAAAUCGAAAUGAGACAGCAACUUUGAGUCGAGCAAAAAGGCAAUGUUGUUUUGCUUCACAAAAUUCAUGUUGUUCUUCGAAUGUUCAAUCGCAGUGUAAUUGUGCAGCACUACAGAUUCAGGUAGGUGAAAUAUCAGGAUAACAUUUGGAAAUAUUUUGGAGGUUCUUGAAAUUCAGAACUUGAAAAAUGAAUGAGAAAAAAGAUUUUGGAAAAUCUUAGCAGCUGGAAUUGAAUUUGGAUAGUAUUUUUGAUUAGGGAUUUCAUUAAGAUUGAAAUUAAGCUCAAUAAUAAAAUGGAUUUUCAAACUACUCCCCAAAUUUCCAAAAAUUCUACCACCAUCUUUUUCCAGGUCCAACAAUGUGAUUGUGCAAACAUGCUCCAAAACCAGUGUGGAUGCUCCGGAUACACUUCUCCAUCUUGUGAUUGCGGUUCACUCCAACUUCAAUACACCUCAUGUGGCUGUGGAUCUUUGAGUUAUCAAGUUUCCUGUAAUCAAUGUCAACAAUCUCAACCCCAAAUAAUCGUUGUUCAACAACAACAACAACAGUGUUCAUCACAAUGCAUGCCAGCUUGCUUACCAUCUUGUGUUCAACAGGUAAACUUUUUUUUUGUGAAAGUCUAGGAUGAAGCCUGAUUUUUACAGUCGUGUGCCCCGGCUUGUCAACCUUUGUGCUCUUCUUCCUGUGUUCAGCAACAGCAACAACAAAUUAUUGUUGUUCAGCAACCGCAGCAACAGUGUGCAUCGCAAUGUAUGCCAUCUUGUCAAUCUUCAUGUGUUCAACAGGUUAGGGUUUGAGGAAAAUCGAAAAGUUCAGAAAAACGCCGUGGGAAGAUGUCACGAAGUUGUUUAGGCAGUCUCUGAAUUUACUCAACAUUUUUGAAAAUGAGGUGAAAUUGAGUUUUCUACUGAACUAUGGUUAUUAAAAGAAAGUUUCAAAUAUUAGAUUUUUUUGAAAUGAGCAGUUUAUACAAAAAUGUAUCAAUUUUUAUCAAACCACGUCUCUUCUCUCUCUCUAAAACUUUUAAUUCCAGGCUUGCGCCCCAGCUUGUCAACCAAUGUGCAGUUCUUCAUGUGUCGAACAACAACAGCAACAAAUUAUUGUGGUUCAACCGCAACAAACAUCAACCUCGUCUUCACAAUGUAUUCCAGCUUGUAUGCCAGCUUGCCUUCCAUCUUGUACAAACAGCGGAUGCAGCAGUGGUAACUGUGGAAACUCAGCAAGCAAUUCGCCAGUGAUUGUUGUCAGCAGUAGUAAUAGCAAUUCUAAUCAAUGUACCUCUUCGUGUAUGCCAGCUUGUCAAUCAUCGUGUGUUCAACAGGUAAACCAACAUUUUUUGAGAUAUUCUAACAAGAACACUGCGAAAAACAUUUUUUUCGUUUCCGUGUCGAACGGUUAAUUGUAAGAACAGCCACAAAUUCACGUGAGAGAAAACGAGGUUCUGCGGGCAGAAGAUACGCGAGAUAAAAAAGGGAUAUGGACAGACUCCGUCCAAUUUUUUUUAAAUUUCCGCAGAGAAAGUGUUUGAGACAAAAAUGUUUUUUUCGCUGUGAAAAAUUUAUGUUUUUCAGGCUUGUGCUCCAGCUUGUCAACCGAUGUGUAGUUCUGAAUGUGUUGAACAGCAACAAGCUCAGAUUGUUGUAGUUCAACAACCACAGCAACAGUGUACUUCAUCGUGUAUGCCAGCUUGUCAAUCUUCGUGUGUACAACAGGUUAGUUUCAAAUAUAAAUUUAUUAGUGGUGGAUCUGGGUUGCGUACCAUUUUUCUUGAUAAUUUUUGAUAUUUAAAAAACUUAACAACAAAAAUCAUUUGAAUUUACCGCUCUCCACGUGGCUUCUGAUUUUCUCAAGCUCAGAGUGUACGUACAGUAAUCUUAAAAAGUUUUUUGUUUGAAAAUCUGAGAUGAUCUACAGUAACCUAUAAAAUCUGAAUGAUUUAGAAACCAGUGAUUUUGGUGAAUAGAAAAAUUUUGUCUAAAAAACAUUUUCACCUGUUUUUUUCGCAGAUGAAUAGAUGAAUUCCAAAGGAAAAUAUUCCAAGUUUCAUAAUUUCAGGCUUGUGCUCCAGCUUGUCAACCGAUGUGUAGCUCUGAAUGUGUCCAGCAACAACAAGCUCAAAUCGUCGUUGUCCAAAACUCUGCCUCAUCAUCUUCUUCGUCCUGUGCAGCAUCUUGUCAACCAGCUUGCACUUCUCAAUGCGUUCAACAACAACCAAUCUGCGCCGCCGCUUGUCAACCAUCUUGCCAAGCUUCUUGCAGUUCAAACGCUCAAUGUGUCAAGGCAUGUCUCCCAAGUUGCGAAUCUUCAUGUGUUCAACAGCAACAGCAACCAGUGGUAGUUGUUCAAGAUAGCACAUCUUCCUCAUCUUCAUGCCCGUCCGCCUGUCAACCAUCUUGCUCUCAACAAUGCGUUCAAACUCAAAAUAUCUGCCAGAGCGCAUGUCAACCAUCUUGUCAAUCGACAUGCAGCGGAAAUUCUCAAUGUAUGCAAACGUGUGUUCCAAGUUGCCAACAAUCCUGCGGACAACAAUCUCAACCAAUUAUUGUUGUUCAACAAGCUCAACAAUCGUGUCCAUCUGCUUGUCAACCAAGUUGCAGUUCACAAUGUGUUCAACAACAAGCCAUUUGUGUUCAAACCUGUCAACCACAAUGUCAAGUUAGUAUUUUUAUCAGAAAGGGGAGGAGGAGGGGAUUGUCUAUUUUAUUGUGAUUUUUUAAUAGUGUAUAGCUUUCUGUGGUUGAACGCUAUCCGGUUUUUAAAUUCUGAACUCUAGAGUUUUCACGGUAAAGAUGAUUUUCCAGCAAUCUUGCGGCUCAAACAUCCAAUGUGUCCAAUCAUGCCAAAACAAUUGUCAAUCAUCGUGUGGUUCUCAACAAAUCAUCGUAGUCCAACAACCUUCGUCUUGUGGUCAAUCAUGUCAAGCUCCAGCUGUACUUCAAUGUGUUCCACAGUGUCAACCAUCUUGUCAACCAUCUUGUAUUCAACAAUAUCAAUUUAUUCAACCACCAGCUAUCACUUUAUGUCAAUCGAGUGGUGGCGGAUGUGGAUGCGGUUCUGGAUAUUCACAAUGUAUGCAAGGUGUUUGUUGUUUGAGGAAACGACAUCGUUUGGCAAAAAAUAAGGUGUAA